CAGUAAUAAAGAAACUAACGUAGUGUGUUUAAAAGUCAUCGAUUGUUUGUGUCAACAUAAGAAAUCGUACUGCUGAAAAUAAAACGGAUUCACUUUUAACUCGCAUUUUGACGAAUAAAUUUUUGUGAUUUUUUAAUAAUGAAGUUCCAAUAUAAAGAAGAGCAUUCCUUUGAGAAGAGGAAAGCCGAAGGGGAAAAAAUCAGACGUAAAUAUCCUGACAGGGUCCCAGUUAUAGUUGAAAAAGCUCCAAAGGCAAGAAUUGGCGAUUUAGACAAGAAAAAAUACUUGGUACCCUCCGAUUUGACUGUAGGUCAGUUCUAUUUCUUAAUUAGAAAAAGAAUUCAUUUGAGACCUGAAGAUGCUUUAUUCUUCUUUGUUAACAACGUGAUUCCUCCCACAUCUGCAACCAUGGGUUCCCUCUACCAGGAACACCAUGAAGAAGAUUUCUUCUUAUACAUUGCAUACUCUGAUGAAAAUGUGUAUGGUAGUGACUUUGAUCACUAAUCAAGAGUGCUGCUUCACAAAAAGAUUAAAUAAAUCACAGCAGUAAUUUAAUUGACUUUAUCUUAAUAAUGACUACUUUUUCCUUUUGUAACGACCAUGUAUAAGGGAAAUACAUAUAAAAAUGUUUAUGGGUUCUUUGUUUUUUUAAAUAUUUAGCACAGCUACACAAUAUCAUAUUAUAUUAGGUAUUUAGUAUUAUUUGUGUAAUAUAUAAAUGUAACUUACAAAAA